AUGGGCAUCACCCUGCGCGCGGACAAUGUCAACGGCAGCCUAUCAGACCCCGCGCUGAUGGACGCGCUGGAGCAGCUGCAUGCCUGCGGGAUGGCUGAGCUGGACGUGGAGGGCAAUGACGUUGGGGGCCAGCUGCUGCCACGCUGGGGGCGGUUCGCCAACCUUAGGGUGCUCAACGUCGCUAACAACUGGCUGAGCGGCACCAUCCCAAGCGAGCUGGCACUCCUGAAGAACCUCACGUACCUGGGGCUGGGCACCAAUUUCCUGCAAGGCACUCUGGGGGACUGGGUGGGCGGCCUGUCGCGCCUGGAGGUGCUCAACGUGGGCUCAAACCUGGGCAUCAACAGCGCCAACGGCUCGGACAUGGACGGCCACCUGCCGGGCAUCAUGGGCACGAUACCCCCCUCGGUCGCCAACCUGACGCGCCUGGUGGAGCUGGACUUGCAGACCAACUCAUUCCAUGGGCACAUUCCCGACAACAUCUGCGGGCCCGGCACCAACCUGCAUGUCCUCAGCCUGCGGGGCAACCGCCUCAGCGGCCCUGCGACGUCUGUAACGCGUUGCAGUGAGCUGACGGCCCUCGACCUCAGCGCCAACAAGCUGACAGGCAGCCUGCCUGCCACGGCGAACUGGACCAAGCUGGUAUCCCUGCUGAUGGGCAACAACCGUUUCGGCGGUACGCUGCCUGAGGAGAUCUACCUGAUCCCCAUACUCUCCUACCUGGACAUCAGCAGCAACAUGCUCGAGGGCACCCUUGAUGACCGCAUCAGCCUGCUGAUCUACUUGAUAUCCUUUGACGCAGGCGGCAACCGGCUCAGCGGCACUCUCACUGAGGACAUGUUCUUCCUGCCACAGCUCACCACCCUCAACCUGGCGGGCAACAGGCUCACUGGCACAGUGCAGCCUUCCCUGGGGCUGGCUUACGGGCUGCGCGAGGCCAGCUUUGCCGGCAAUGUGGGCCUGCUGGGCCAGCUGCCUGACGAGGCGGGGGGCCUGCCCUACCUGCGCCGCAUCAACCUGCGCAACACGAGCAUGUCAUGUGUGCCGAGCCACGUGGCCCUGGCUGCGCGACAGGCUGGAGCCUCCGGCUCUCCUGUGGUGCCCUCACGCUGCCCCAGCAGCGCGCUGCUGCCCUGCUUUUUGGAGUUUGAGCCCUACGACGCCCCCCGCAGCGACAACAGCCACCUGCGCUGCCGCCCGCUGCGCCGCAAGUCCCCUGAGGCCGCGGCGGCCAGCUGCUCCCCCGCCAUCCAGGCGCUGCUGCAGGAGCAGGAGCAGGCUGCGGCGGCUGGCGGCGCAGAUGGUGGGGAGCUGCGUGGCGAGAUGAGUGAGCAGUGGGAGCUGCCUCCCGCGUACUACCAGUACCAGGGCUGCGCCUGCCUGCACGGCUACCGGGAGCAGUGGGGGGAGGGCGGCACCGUGCUGGUGUGCGUCCCGGAUCGCAGCCUGCUGGAGCCCUGGGCCUGGGUGCUGGUUGCGCUGGGCGGCGUGCUGUUCCUCUUCAUGUGCGCGCUGGUGCUGGUUGCCAGCAGAUGGGUCCUCUUCCGCUCUCGAUGGCUGAGGGACGCCGACCUGCGACGCAAGCGCGCGCGCUGGGGCUCCCUCAAGCCCGGGGCGCGCCUGAGCGUGGUGGUCACUGACGUCGAGGGCUACUCAGAGCUGAUGAAAGCGUGCCCCAGCCUCACGCGCAAGGCCGUGGCCAUGCACAACGCCGUCAUGCGCAAGGCCGUGCAUGACCAGGCGGGCCACAUCUUCGAGCAGGAGGGGGACAGCUGGGCGGUGGCGUUUCAUGAUGCGCAGGACGCGGUGGCUUUUUGCCUGCAGGCGCAGCAAGCCCUGCACAAGGUGGACUGGCCCCUGGGCCUGAUGAGCUCAUCAUCGUUGCGGGGUACGGGGCAGAGCGAUGACGAGGGCCUCGCCAGCAUGACAGAGGGCUCAGCCCACAGCACCGCUGGGGCAGCCCUUCACCAGCGCGGGCGCCUGCGACAGCUGCUGGGUGUGGGUAGCAUGGGCAUGCUCCUGGCGCCUGGUCAGGAUGAUGCGCGCGGUAAUGGCAAUCGCCAGCAGCAAGAGCAGCAGCACCAGCAGCAGGAGCUACAGCUGGGCCAUCUGCCUUCGCUGAACAGCAAGGCCAGCCGAGAGGGCAGCACCAUUAGCGACGUCAGUGCAACGGACAGCAUCACCAAUCCCGGCGCUCGCCCUGGCAGCCCGCGCAGCGCUGACCUGGCGUCGGGACUGCGGCGGGCGUCGCGCGGCGGCUCCAGCAUGUCGCGGCAGGAAUCCCUGGGGGCUCCUGCCUCGCGCAUGACGUCCGAUGUGAUGUCCCUGUCAGCGUCGGCGUCGUCGUUUACCGAGCGCGAGGGCAACGACCUGGUCCACCACUCUGCGAGCAGGACGCAGAGCGGCGGCGGCGCCGCCAUGCCGUCAGCCGCCAGCGCCAGCGGUGCGCCGACUGGCAGCGGCUGGAGCCGGCGCUCGCGCGCGUCUCACGCGCGCUUCUUCAGCAUGCUGCGGGCGGCGGGCAGCGCACCCCAAGGGCGGCUGUUGUAUGGGCUGCGCGUGCGCAUGGGCGUUGCUAGCGGGGCCCUGGCAGAUGAGGACGUCCACAGCAGUGCAGUGUUCCGCCUGGCCAAGCUGGUGUGCGACAUGGCCAACGGCGGGCAGGUGCUGCUUGAGGCGGCGUCAUUUGACCUGGUCAAGGACCACCAUGAAGAGCUGGGGGCGGUGGACCACCACGGCUAUAACGACCGCACCCUGGUGGGGCGCGCUGGGCUGCGGUCACUCUGGACAUGCUGCAACGCCUACGCUGUGGCGGAGGGCGUGAAGGGCUCCAGCAUUGUGUGCCUGGACAUGGGCGAGUGGCAGGUGCCGGGUGUCAACUGCGCGGACGCCUUUGGAGGGGAGGACCGCGCACCUGCUGCUGCAGGUUCUGUGGCGGCCAGGACCCCAGAGCCCAAGCAGUCUCUGCUGGGUCUGGCCCACACAAGCUCGGGACGGCUGCCGCGGUCCUCCUCUAUCGGCAGUGGGGCCUGCGACCAGCAGCGUCUGCGUGUGUACAGCGUGCUGCCCCAGCCCCUGGCGGAGCGCGCCAAGGUGUGGUGCGGCGCCCUGGCGGUUGGCCCAGGGUGGCACCAGACAGAUCGCGGUUUCUUCGACGCCCCGGGCGCGGCUGCGGCUGUGCUGGGCCCCGAGGACGCGCUGGCGCCGCCGCAGGACGCUGCCAUGCCGCCCGUGACCCUCGUAUUUGCAGCUGUGGAGGGUGCCAAGGCGCUGGCGCGCGCCCGGCGCGAGGCGGACGUGCGCGCCCUGGCUGCGGUGCUGGGCACGACGCUGCUGGCCACGCUGGAGGCCUUCCCUGGCGGCUACCUGUGCCGCCAGCAGGAGGGUGACCUCAAGUACAUGCUCGCCUUCCCUGAAGCGAGCGCGGCUUUGCAGUGGUGCCUGCUGGCUCAGGAGGCGCUCAUGUACGCGCCCUGGCCGCCCGCGCUGCUGUCCCUGCCUGGGCUGGCCGAGGUGCACGCCCCGGGUGACGGCGCGCUGCUGUUUCGUGGGCCGCGGCUCAAGAUGGGCGUGUGCGAGGGCGUCCCCCAGAGCGUGGAACCCGACCACGUGGGGCGCGCGGACUACCACGGCGCCAGCGUCAACCAAGCCGCGCGCUUCAUGGACGUCGCGGCGCACGGCGGGCAGGUGGCGUGCGAGGAGGCCCUCACGUGCGGCAUUUUUAGCGUGGCCGUGCGCGCCUACCACUUGGGCACCUUUGUUUUCAAGGGGGGCGACCCCACCGCCAUGGUGACUGUCACCAGCGCGAACCUGGCGCAGCGCACCGCCCUCACGCCACAUGACGAGCCCAAGGGCAAAGGUCACCGCGUGGCGGAACGUGUGGGCGUUGCGGACGGCGCCGUUGCGCUGCUGCCCGAUGUGCUGGGUGGCAAGAUGCGCGAGGCCUUCGUGGGCAUGGCGGGCGCAGGCUGGCCAGCCUCGGAGCCGCUUGGGGCUUACGAGAAGUGGCUUGCCUGCGAGCUGGCACGCCGCCGACUGCUGAUCGGGGAGCGGCUGCCAGUGCGAUUUGAGCCUGCCUAA